AUGAAACCGCCGCUGAGGGGAGGGCAAAUGAUGAACGAGUACCAAUGUCGUAAUUAUGUUGCAGAGCAAAUAUUAGAAGAUAUAGGCAAAGACACAAUUCAAAAUCGAGUUGGUAUACCUCUUGAUACUGCUAUUCCUUCCAAUAUCUUGAUAAAGCGAUCGCAGGACCUAAGGAAUAACGUCCUAUAUGAUAUAGGCUCCGCCAAUUAUCAAGAAUGGUUGAAUAAAAUUGCAGCAAUUAAUACCAAUUAUAAUCAGUUCAACGCGUCACCUCCGCCGGAGGCAGAAAGCUCUUCAACCAUUGGAAAUGAAACAAAUCAGCAACCACGUGAGCGAUAUCAAGUGUAUGAGCCUGGUGAAGCAACGGCUUUUGCUGAACAAGAUCCUUAUCCCACAGUAUCAAAAUACGGUGGUGGCUACGAAUACUCUAUGCCACCGCCACCACCGCCAUUGUACCACCACCCAGCGUCUCAAGAACACGAAGAGUAUGCCGUAGAGAAAGAGUCACGUGGACUGGGGAUCUCAGAAUUAUUCGACAUAUCACUCACUGGGAUUGCGUUUUUGUCGUUUGGAAUGUUCAUGCUGCAAGUUCUUAUGUGUAUUUCAAUGCAUCCAAAGCAACCCCAAGUAAUGCAAAUGGUGGACAAUGGAGACACAUUGAACCUCGAUGAAGUAUUCCGAUUCAAACGACAGGCGGAGUCAAAACGAAGUUCUCUUACGACGAUGAAUACACUCUCUCGAUAUGCUCUCAUCGCUUUGAAGCCUUUCUCUACACAAUGCCUAUACCGCGUGCUGUGUCUUGGUAAUAAACAGGCUAGAAACUUUAGGGAUAGCAGCAGAUUUUGGCUACCAGUCUGGCAUGCAGGAAUAGCGUGGACUCGUGGAGGAGCGCUAGGUGCACUGAAGGCUGCAGCGUUAGGGCUUGGAGGUGCAAACUGUGAUGUCAUCUACCCACUGGAACAUUGCCAGCAAUAA